AUGAGUUUGAGUGGGGAUGGAGAUGCAUCCGAGAAUUGGCAGCAACAGGUGGAGGAGAUCGUCGCGCUUUCCGCAAUCUAUGGGGAAGACUUCAGGCUGGUUGGGAGCAAGGGGCUUCCUGAAUUUUUGGAGCAAGGGGAUCUUGAUAUCUCCAGCCUUCCAGACAUUGAGUUGAGCUGUUACGAUGUGACACUAGAAGGAGAGGCAUAUAUUUAUUUGGAGGCACCUGAGGGGGAUGUCACAGUACGAGUGGAUGAUGGCUCAGCCGACUCGAGCAAUGCAGCCACAGAGGGGCUAAGAGCUGGACAGGUUGAACAUCUUCCUCCCCUGUCACUGGGCCUGACGUUCCAUCCAGCAUAUCCUUGUUCACAACCUCCAAACUUCCGACUGAGCUGCAUUUGGCUCAGCAACAUGCAGCUGAGCAAGCUCUGUGGCCAGUUGGAUGAGUUGUGGGUGAAAGAUGGUGCUGGCAUGCCAAUAUGCUUUACGUGGAUAGAUUGGAUCAAGACGUCUGCCCUCGAGUUCCUGGGGAUUGGAGCAACUUUGCUGCUCAAGAAGCCCCCCUCUGACAUUUCGGAAGGUGUGGAUUCUCGAGCAAAGGGCCACGACAAGGCAACCUUGGAUGCAACCGUGUUUCAGAUGCACCGUUUCGACCAGCAGCGUAGGAUUGAAGUCUUCAGGCAGGGUACCUGGAGCUGCCCCAUCUGCAUGGAUGUUGUGUCGGGCCAGCAGUGUGUGCGGCUGCCAGCAUGCCAGCACUUUGCAUGUUUCGCUUGCAUGUCUGCCUAUUGCAAGGUCAAUGUGGCCGAUGGCAAUGUGAACUUGAAGUGUCCGCAGCACAAGUGCACCGUCACGUUGGAGCCCCACAUCUUGAAGAAGUGCCUCAGCCAGGAGGACUAUGAGCGAUGGGAAGCCCUCACCCUCCAAAGAACACUGGAUGGGAUGAAGGAUGUUUGCUACUGCCCUCGUUGCCACUCAGUCUGCCUUGAAGAACCAGGGAAUUUUGCUCAGUGUGCAAAGUGCCUCUUUGUGUUCUGUACCAACUGCUUUGACUCCUAUCAUCCAGCAAGCCAGUGUGUCACCCCAGAGGAGAAAAUCGCAAAGCUGCAGAAGGCGGCCGAGGAUGGCGCGAGCAGGAAGGAGCAGCAGCGCCUGCUGAUCGACCUGAGGCAGCAGGAGAAGUCCACGGCGUUCAUCGAGAGCAACAUGGUCAUGUGCCCUGGCUGCUGCAUGUACGUCCAGCAUUCUGGCGGCUGCAACAAGAUGGCGUGCACGUACUGCCACUGCUACUUUUGCUACAAAUGCGGCCAGCUCAUCGAUGGCUAUGACCACUUCUGGGGGGAGAGGACCUGUGACUUGUUCGACAUGGAGGCCAUCGCGGAAUGGGAGAGGGAGAUGGCUGGGCAGAUUGAUGGUGGCCGAGAGGAUGCUGCCGAUCUAAGGCGGGAGGCGAUGGGGAGGGAAGCAGAAGCCAGGGGCUUUGUUGCCAGAAGGAAGUGGUGCCCACAAUGUAGGCACGACAACUACAAGAUCGACAGGAACAAUCACAUCAAGUGCUGGGCCUGCGGCCACGGGUUUUGCUACCUCUGCGGCAUGCUGCUUGCCAGGGGCGGUGUGGCGGCGCAUUUCAACAAGACGGGGUGCAAACAGCACAGCGAUGAUUGA